AUGCGCAUGAGGCUGCGAGCGCCUGACCUCGAGAGCAGCCACGAGGAAAAUGAAGACGAUGGAAACGGCAGCGAGCAAUGUACAACCGAGAGCUGCCACCAGCUGCCGCUAUUGGACGUUGGCUCGCCCGAGUACAUUGAGGAACGACUGGAGAACCUCAAGCGACGUCCCAAGUGGAGAGACUUUCUGGACCAGUACGUGCAGGAUCAUCCAGAGAGCGACAGUGAGUCGGAGACAAGUGACUUGGACGAAGUUCUGGUGCAAGACGCACCUGGUUUCGUCCGCUGGACACUCUGGUCACUGCUGGUUGUGGCACUUGCACCGUUGCUGGUUCUUUGUGCUCCUUUUUUGAGACAUCAGGGAUACGGGUUCUGGCCGUUGGGGUGCCGCUCGAUGAAGGAACUCUUUGGCUGUGCAGUAGCUCAUGUCAUCUCUAUGGUGGGUGGACUUGGACUGCUGUACUGGACCAUUUGUCGCGAAUUGCCGGACGUUUUUCAUGUUGGUAAUACGCUGGUGAAGCUGAAUGCACAAAUUGACGAGAUGCUGCACACGGUGGAGACAUGUCACUUGGCUUUGCUGCAGUGGGAAAGGGCGGUGGCACAGGAAUUGUGUAUGCCUGUGGCUAUUGACGCUGCGUUGCUACUUGUAAAUGUGUACUUGCUGCUGCAUUGUCAUUGUCGACGGGCUAGGUAUCUUAUGGCACUUAUGGUUGUCAUUUUUGUGGCGGACGUCCCUACAAAGUUGUACGAUCUGACGUUCCCAGCUCCAGAGAUUCACGAGGUGGAUCCGAAUUACGCUAUGGUUGAUGAGGAAUUGUUGGUUGCGCUGGAUGGAAAGAAUCUGAAACAGGGUGGAAGCGUUGCCUGGGUAGCUUAUUGGGGCUGCGCAGUCACUUCGAAUGUUGAUGCGUGCGAAACGCAGUUUGUAUCAACGUUUGAAGCCGGUAACGUCGCUGUGACCUUCAAGUCGAUCGAUUAUUUCAUUCCUUGCUAUCGAGAUCCACCAAACCCGCUCAAGGCACAAGAGUAUAAGUGUUUCGAGCAUGUUCGCAUUCGCGUGAAGGACAAGCGAAGUAUUCCUGGGUGGUCCCGAUCGGCGACCCGGUCUUUGAUCAUUUCGCAACCAGCAGAAGCAGUGACAUUGCGUAGCAUUGAACGGUUGGACGGUUUCAAAAUGAUUACAUUCAAGAGUGAAAAAGGAUUGUUGUCCUCCACAGUUAGCCAAGAUGUUGUGGAGGCGCCGAGCAGCAAGCGAAGCAUCGUGGCAUUGAUGGAGUCGAGCGCAUCGAUCGAAAUUCCUGUGCCGCCUGAAUAUGGUGUAACAGAUAACGACGAGCCAUUUGGGCUGGAUACGGAAGGCGUGCGGUUAUCGAGUGAGGGGGAUACUCAGGAAUUGAAAUAG